AUGGCACAGAUUCCGUUCCGUCAGAACUUCAGAAAGCCUUCGAGACAGGCAAGCAUAGAUCCUCAUAAUGAUCUCAAUCCCCAUAUCGAUCAUUACAUUGGUAUUGAUGUUGGUACCGGUAGUGCCAGAGCCUGUAUCAUAGACUCGUCUGGGGACAUCAAAGCCUUGGCCACAGAAAACAUUGGCUUAUGGCAACCCGAGACCGGAUACUAUGAGCAGUCAACAACAGAUAUUUGGAGAUGUAUCUGUAACUGCGUGCAACGAGCAUUGAGCCAACAUAAUAUCGACCCUACUACAGUUAGAGGCAUAGGCUUCGAUGCUACCUGCUCCCUUGCAGUUUUCGCCCAUGACACCGAUGAGCCUAUGCCCGUUACGGGGCCCAACUUCGCCAAUGAUGGAAACGACCGCAAUGUCAUUUUAUGGCUUGAUCACAGACCAGUUGAGGAAACAGAGAAGAUCAACGCUACCGACCACAACCUGCUGAGAUAUGUUGGAGGUAAAAUGAGCAUUGAGAUGGAGAUUCCAAAGGUUCUGUGGUUGAAGAACAAUAUGCCACCUGAGAUGUUUGACCGAUGCAAGUUCUACGAUCUUGCAGACGCGUUGACUCAUUUGGCUACUGGAAAUGAAAAUAGAAGUUUCUGUAGCACAGUCUGCAAGCAGGGCUACGUACCCGUAGGUGUAGAUGGAAGUGUCAAGGGUUGGCAAGAGGAUUUCUACGAGACUAUUGGCCUCGGAGAUCUUACCAAGGAUAACUUCAUCAGAAUGGGUGGAGUAGACGGGGUGAAUGGAAAAUAUAUGAGCGCUGGUGAGCUCGUCGGUACAUUGAGCGAGAAAGCAGGUUCCCAGCUUGGUCUACCAGCUGGUAUUGCAGUAGGAAGUGGUGUCAUUGACGCCUACGCUGGAUGGGUAGGAACAGUAGGAGCGAAGGUAAAUCUCGCUGCUGGCCAACUCGAACACGGGGUGCCAAAGAACGACAUGUCUCAAGCAUUUUCUCGUCUCGCAGCCGUCGCAGGAACAUCGACCUGUCACCUCGCUAUGUCAAAGGAGCCCGUCUUCGUAGACGGAGUCUGGGGUCCAUACCGAGAUGUGUUACUUCCAGAUUUCUGGAUGGCAGAAGGUGGUCAGUCCGCUACGGGAGAGCUUCUGAAACACGUCUUGGAAACACACCCAGCAUACAACGAGACCAUGUCCAUGGCGGAAUCCUUCAACACCUCAAUCUACGACUACCUAAACUCUCAUCUUGAAGAAUUGAAAGAGAAAACCGGAGCCCCCACAGUCUCUUAUCUAGGACGACACUUCUUCUUCUACGGGGAUCUCUGGGGUAACAGAUCCCCAAUCGCAAACCCCAACAUGACAGGAUCCGUAAUCGGUCUCUCCUCCGACAAAUCCAUCGACGGUCUUGCCAUCUAUUACUACGCAACCAUGGAAUUCAUCGCCAUGCAAACACGUCAGAUCAUCGAAACAAUGAACACAGCCGGCCACAGCAUCACCAGCAUCUUCAUGUCUGGGUCGCAGUGCCAGAACAAAAUCCUCAUGGAGCUCAUGGCCACGACCUGUUCCACACCCGUCAUCAUCCCACGAUACGUGCACGCGGCUGUGGUCCACGGCGCGGCGAUGCUCGGUGCGAAGGCAGCGAGUGCGGAUAAGGAUGGCAAAACGGAGGAUUUGUGGAGUAUUAUGGAUAGGAUGUCGAAGCCGGGACGCGUUACGAGACCGGGGACGAACAAAAAUGAGCAGAAGUUGUUGGAUGUUAAGUACGAGGUUUUCUUGGAGCAGUGUAAGACUCAGCAGACGUACAGGAGCCAGGUUGAUGAGGCUAUUGGUGGGUGGAGUGCUUAG